CAAAAACGUUUUUAAGUAUAAAAACUAAUCUGAAUCAAAAUACUUGAUUAACUUGACUAUUUCUGUUAAAGAACAGUCUACAAUGGACGCGAAAAAGUCGGUAAAGGAAUGUCAUCCACAAAAAUACUACCUCAAAUUACUGCUCAGAGUCAUCUAUUACUUGGGAAUGGGCGAUUGUUGGUACGAGAAGACAGAACGCAGCAGGACCCACAAGAUCUUGUACGGCAUUUGGGCGUUCAUUUAUAACAGCUACCUAAUUCUUAAUACUAUCAACGAGGUAACUGCUAACUUCAGAUCAGAUUUGACUGUAAAAGAGAAAAAUGAUAUGAUCAGCUUUACUUUUGCACAUCCAUGCUUGUGCGUCAAAUUCAUGAUUUUGAUAUUUCAAAAAGAGCGCGUGCGAAAUUUAUUUAAACGUAUGAUGGAGGAUAACAGAUCUAUUUACUCUUCUAUAGAUUUAGAUAAAGAGAGUGUUAGAAAGGCUAUUAUUUAUUCUAUCUGUUUGGUUGUCGUAACAUAUGGGACUCUCUUUUUUACCCUUAUGGACGGGAUAUUUACUUAUAUCUCACAAGGCAUUCCGAUACGAACAGAAGUGGUUAUGUACCCGACCAGAUACAAUUCUGGCUUUUUCGUCAAUAUACUCCGCUUCUUGGUGGAACUUCACUGGUGGUGCAUGGUCACCAACAUGCUCGUGGCCGACUGUCUUUGUGUUUCUACAUUGAUAUUCUCGGGCUAUAAAUUCAAAAUAGUCACGAAGUACUUCAAUAAUUUGAGGAAGAAAACCCGAAAUAAGAUUGGGACUAAAAGCAGGUUGGCUUUGAGAGACGAUUUUGAGAAGGAUUUCAAGCUCGGAAUCCAGUUACAUGAAGAGGCUUUGUGGUGUGCUGAGUACGUACAAUAUGCCAUCGGGAAUCUUUACAGCGUCCAAGUCUUCGAGACCAUCACAGUGCUGGUCAUGUGCCUCGUCAGGCUUGUGAUAAACGAGAGGGACGUGUUAUUCCUUUUAGCAGUCCUGACGUACAUCUGCUGCUUGUUCGCGUUGACAUAUGCUUAUUUCAGUGCCGCUGGUGACGUCACAUACCACGCGUCGACGGUGAGCACGUCGAUGUUCCACUGCGGCUGGGAGUUUGUGGCCGGGAGUAAGUCGCUGCGGUCGAUGGCGGUGGUGGCGAUACAGCGAAGCCAAGUGCCGGUCUACAUGACCGCCUUCGGGGUCGUGCUGCUGUCCUACUCCAACUUCAUAUCGUUGAAGCACCUGUUUGUGGAAAAUUAUCAUCAUCAGCCUAUUAAUAACCCCACUGCAGGGGAACAGGCCUUCCCUAUGGAUGGAAUAGGGAGAUUGGGCCAUGAGCCGCCACGCGGGCGCAGUGCGGAUUGGCGGGAGCUAACGACUGCAGAUGCAGCCGGGACCAAAGGCUUAACGUGCCUUCCGAAGCACAAUACGGAACUCGAGGAAAUUCAAUUAACCAUCAAAGAAGCUAUGAAAAACUUUGAGAGCGAACUUCGUGACAUCAAAAAUGAACUCAAUGCAUUGAAAGAGUUAAAAAACUCGAUUGUCUUCCUAACUGCGGUAUCAAAAUUUAAUAAGGCCAACUCAAAAGAUAAGCUUAACACCGUGCAACUGGGCUAUGGUUGUGAGAAAACAGCUGUCUAUGUUUCUGAACAUCUCUGCCCGUAUUACAAAGGGCUGCACGCGGAAACCAGAAAAAUAGCACGAGAAAAAGGCUAUAAAUAUGUUUGGAUACGGAACGGGCGAAUCUUUAUACGCAAGAAUGAUGAAUCACCGGCUGGGCAGGUUAAGGCAGGUUACGUGAGUAGUAUAACGGGAAUCGGGCCUUACCUGGUCGAAUGGAUGACCCGGCGACACGGCUCCUUAUCUUUCCGACUUGUGCAGGUGAUGACUGCCCAUGGGGCUUUCGGCCACUACCUGCACAGGAUCGGAAGAGAGCCGGAUAUCCGCUGUCAUCAGUGCGGGGCUGGUGACGACACGGCGCAGCAUGCUUUAGAGGCUUGUGCGGCUUUUGACGCUGAACGGCGCCAGCUCGUCACUGUUGUGGGACGGGACCUCUCGCUGCCGACUCUGGUGAGAGCUAUGGUCGACAGCGCGACGUCCUGGGAGGCGGUCGCCUCCUGCGAGCAGAUAAUGUUACAGAGGGAGGCCGCGGAAAGGGCUCGAGAGGAGGAUCCCUCUGCAGACCCAAUCCGCAAGCGAAGAGUCGGGCGGCGGAGACGCCAAUAUGCCGCUCUCCAACCGCCGAGUCGGGGCGGUGGGUACUAG